UCAGCCCCUUUCGGCACAGGUGCACUCUGAGGAUUUACUAGUCCUUCCGCAGGGGCCAGCUGGGCUUAUUCUGAAGCAACAUGCAAGAGAACACCAUCGACCAGCCACCCUCACUCUCUCAGCUCUUAAGGGAGAGUUACCUGGCAGAGGCCAGAGCCCAGCAGCGCCACAGCGAGAUGAGCCGCUCAGACGCUUCUUCCUCACGCCUGCAGAUCUACGGGUCGCUCAAAGGCAAGGCUGAGGAUGCUGUUGGCCACAGUGAUCCCCAGUUCCCAGAUCUUUCAGCCUUCCUCAGCCAAGAGGAACUGGAUAAAAGUGUGAACUUGGCCCGCCAGGCCAUUGGACAUGAGCCUCGUGAGGAGAGGGCAGAGGUCAAGGUCUCUGCCACACCGUCAACCCCCUCCAGCAUCUCCUCAACCUCAGUUUCUUCAUCCACACCCAGUUCUAUUCCCUUCUCUCACCCCUCUCCUGCUCCUUUUUCUGCCCCCUCGAUUGUGCCCUUUGCUCAGCCGGCCCCGGAGAUUAAAGAACUCCCAGCCACAAACACGACUUUCACAUGUGACAGAAAGAUGCACAAGGCAUCGACACGGCAGGACAAUGUGAUCAGGAACAGCAGGGACUCCAGUGAAGGAUUCCAAGACUAUCACAGGUCAGCAAGAAAUGCCCCUUAUGGUGUGGAGACCCAGUCCAAGAAGGAGUUCCUCAACAAGGCAGCUGACUUCAUUGAGGAGCUCUCUUCUCUCUUCAAGGCCAACAGCUCCAAAAGGAUACGACCGAGAGCCUGCAAAGCCCACAGGAGCAGGGUCCAGAGCAAGAGCCAGAACGAUGGGACAGUUUAUCCCAUCGUGUCAGACAACCGGGAGCGCGCCGUCAUGCCCAUGGAGGUGGAGAAGGAGCCACCCAGCCCUCCUAUUACCCACCAACCAGUGGCCCAGCUGGAUUCUGAGACAGGACAUGUGGAGUUUCAGGACUGCGAGAUUACUGAGGAGGAACAGUAUGACUCUGUGCCCCAGGAGGCAGAGGAAGAGCCUCAAAGCUUUGACACGACAGAAACUCCAUACUCAGCGGAGCCUGUGUGUGAACCUCCUCGCUUCAUCCAGAAACUGAAAAGCAGGGAGGUUCCCGAGGGCAGCAAGGUCCGGUUAGACUGCAUUGUAAGAGGAUUCCCUGUGCCUGAAGUCAGGUGGUUCUGUGAGGGAAAGGAGCUGGAGAACAGCCCUGACAUUCAGAUCCUCACCAGUGGUGAGCAGCACUCUCUGAUUAUUGCAGAGGCAUUCGAGGAAGAUACCGGACGCUACUCCUGCUUUGCAUCUAACUGCUACGGCACUGACUCCACAUCAGCUGAGAUCUAUGUAGAAGGUGCCUCCUCUUCGGAUUCUGAUGUGGAACCGCACUUUGAACAUGUAACCCAGCUGCAGAAAAAACAACCAAAGUCAUCCCCAUCUUUGUCAUCUUCAAGCCAAGUUAUUCCUGCAGAGGAGGAAGAAACGGUGUCAUCCCAGCCUGCAGCAGACCCCGAGGAACCAGCAGAGGAGCUCUCAUCUCCAGUAACUGCUCAAAUAGCUCCCGAACCUCUUCUACCAGUCCGGAUAUCUGCCGCAAUACUUCCAGUCCCAGAGUUCUCAAAAGUAUCCGUGGCAUCAGCAGCACAUCCUGCUCAGGAGGCGACAUCUGUGGUACCUGUGCAGGUGUUUCCCAUUUCAUCAGGUGAAACAGAACUUACAGAAGCCCAAGAGGUGUCAGCAUCUCUCCCGGUCAUAUCUACUCCACAGCUGCAACAGACGGCUUCAGCGAUAGCUACGUCACAGCCUUUAAACUCAGCAGUAUCAUCUGUCCUGUCACGUCCCGCACAAACACUCCAGCCUGAGAGUCAAACUUCCAACCACAGCUCUCCACAAGGAUUAAACGGGCAACCUAUUAUGGCUGCCCCUGUAUUCACAAAGAGCCUGCAGGACCUCGUUGCGUCGGAAGGCCAGCUGGUGGUGCUAGAGAGUCGUGUGAAAGGGGUGCCGUCACCUCGAGUGGACUGGUACAGAGAAGGAAAAAUCGUAGAGGACUCGCCUGAUUUCAGGAUCCUGCAGAAAAAGCCCAGAUCUCCAGCUGAAUCAGAGGAAAUAUGCACUUUAGUCAUUGCCGAGGUCUUUCCUGAAGAUUCUGGGAUGUUUACUUGUACAGCAAACAACAAGUAUGGAACCGUGUCUAGCAGUGCUGCACUGAAGGUCAAAGGCAAUGGCAGCAACAGCAAUCAUGUGAGGUAUUCAGGCAGUUUAAUAGUGGAGCCCAGUCAAGUUCAAGAGCUUCCCCCAUCAGCUGCUACUGUAAACUCUCAACCAGAGGUUGUUGUGACCAGCAGCAUUAAGCCGCACUCCAGCACCAUUCGCCUUGAUCCACUUGUCUCUAGCACCUUACGCCUGGACCCCUUAAACACUAGCACCCUUCGCCUGGACCCCAACAGUUCUAGCAUGUUGCGUCCAGACCCCCUGCGCACCAGCCUUCCCAAUCUGGAACCCUCCACCCUGAGUACCAGCUCCUGCUUAAACUCUCACAGCACCAGCACCCCAAAUUUAGAUCCUUUCUCCCACCACAAGGACCCACUUGGAUCCAAUGGAACGCAGGGAGCCAGAAAGAUUCUCCCAUACCCCAAACCCUUCACUGCACCAUCUGCAUUUGAGACUUCAGCACAGCAGGAGGUGUCCAGACCUUCAGGGACAUCGCCUGACAUCAGUUCCAAAGAUAAGGGGACCCCGACUCAUCAGAACGGGAGCCCUGUUGUGGUACCCUUACCUGAUCCUCCACCCAACUCCUGCCUAAAGACAGGCAACCUUACAAACCACAAAGACUCACGCACUAACUCCAGAGUAGGUCUGCGUGUGCACUUCAAACUGCCUGAGGAUGAAGAGGAUGAACAAAGUGAUGCAUCUAGUCCCUCUGAUGAAGACAUCACUGAGGAAUUAGUCAGCAAAGAACCACCACCAGUGCUGGCCAAACCUAAACUGGACCCAGCUCAGCUCCAGCUUCUGCACAACCAGGUCCUCCUGGAGCAGCAGCAGGAGACUGAACCACAAACCCACAUCCAGCCUCCCUCUCACCCGCCGUGCCACAUCCAGGUCCAGUCCGAAGUCCAAAGCUCCCCUGAAGGUCCGCUGUGGUCUCCGGGGAUACCCCGGCCUUUACGUAAUACAACAGCCCUUCAGCAGAUCCCUCGCUCUGCACCUCCAGCGACCACCACCCCACCUGCUCCAGCACCGACCUCCACCUUUUCACCUCUUCUUAACACUUCUCCUGCUCCUCUUUUGAACUCUCUUUCUUCAGUUCCUCAGCAUAUGAAAUCCUCACUGGUGACCUCCCCUCCUCGUGCCCCACAGCUAAACUCAGCCCCUUCUCUCAGUACAUCACCACUAACCCAGAUGAAGACCAUCCAUGCCUCCCACAUGAACCUGUCCCCUGCAUCUCUUACCAAAACUGCACCCACACCCCAGUUUUGCUCUCCACCUGCACCAAAGCUCAGCACAGUCUCUACAGAUUCAACCCCGGCCUUACAACAGAUCACAUCCCCCACUCCUCUUCUAAGAAGCACCCAUGCCUCCCUCAUGAAUCUCACCGCCACGUCCCACUCCUUCAACUACGUACGGCCUAAAGAGUUUGUAGCCGCUCAGACCCUCUCACCGAUCAGGAGUCCUUCCCCAACAGAAUCACCGGUCCCUCUUCUACACGAGCUGGCUGCUGAGCUCAACUCCUCUGCAGCUAGUUCCCCUACUUUCCCACCGCUCUCCCCACCACCCAGGAUUUUUCCCACGAGGGUGCUCAAAUCUCCCGCCAGCCCCCCGUCCCUAGUAUCCUCACCUACACCGGGAUCUGUGAAUAGCUUGUUUUCCUUUAGAGCUCAGUCACCCCCUCAGGCUUCUUCUCCCACCUCCACCAGCUCUACCCCGAGUCCCAUUCAAAACCCGGUAGCCUUCCUCAGCUCCGUCCUGCCGUCCCUGACCCCAAGCCAGCCCACCAACUCAAUGGGCCUGCCCAAGGGAGCUCCAUUAGGGCUACAAAAGAAGGCACCAAAGGUCCGCCUUCCGUCAGCUGAAGACGUCCACGAGCGCAAAGAACUUCUCCUCUAUGACAUCGAGAAGAAGCUCCGACUUAAAGAUGAUACUCCACAUUUUGUACAUCAGCAGAAGCUGAGUAAUGAGGGGAAAACAGCGAGCAGGCCCCUUGGACCAAACAUUGCUGCUACUGUCAUUAAUUAUGAUGAGGAGUAUAAAGUGUCCAAUUUUGAGCAAAGGCUAAUGAGCGAGAUCGAGUUCCGUCUGGAGAGGACGCCGGUGGAGGAGUCGGAUGAUGAGGUGCAGCACGAUGACGUCCCCACGGGAAAAUGCAUUGCACCCAUAUUUGACAAGAAACUGAAGAACUUCAAGGCGAUGGAGGGGGUGCCUGUAACGUUCUCAUGUAAAGUAGUGGGAAUCCCGCCUCCAAAGGUUUACUGGUUCAAGGAUGGCAAGCAGAUCUUGAAGAAGAAUGUCCAUUACAAGAAGAUAAGAGAGGGAGACGGGACCUGUGCUUUACACAUUGAAUCCACAACCAGUGAUGACGAUGGCAACUACACCAUCAUGGUAGCCAAUCCGCAGGGACGAAUCAGCUGCUCGGGUCAUUUAAUAGUCCAAACAGGACCUCCCCGACACCGAAUGACACCAAUUCAUGCUCAAAGGGUGCGAAACCGCAUACAGGAAGUUGAAGGUGAGCAAACCCAGGGACGCUUUUUUCGUCCUCACUUCCUCCAGGCUCCAGGGGACAUGAUGGCUCACGAGGGCAGACUGUGCAGACUAGACUGUAAGGUGAGUGGCCUACCCAACCCAGAGCUCAUGUGGCUGGUCAAUGGGAGGCCUGUUUAUCCAGACCUUUACCACAAGAUGCUGGUGAGGGAGAAUGGCAUCCAUUCCCUAGUCAUUGACCCUCUAACUCAGAAAGACGGCGGCACAUACACCUGCAUUGCAAGCAAUAAAGCAGGGCAGAGCUCCUUCAGUCUGGAGCUGCAGGUUGUGGAAAAAGAAAGGAAGCACCCACCCCAGUUUGUGGAGAAGCUGCAGAACAUGGGUAUUCCUGAGGGGGCUCCAGUAAGGCUGGAAUGUCGUGUUGUGGGUAUGCCCCCUCCACUCAUCUUCUGGAAGAAAGACAAUGAUUCUAUUCCUAGAACUAAGGACAGAAUCAGCAUGACCCAGGAUGCCACAGGGUAUGUGUGUCUCCUUAUCCAGCCGACAACAAAAGAUGAUGCAGGCUGGUACACAGUGUCAGCAAAAAACGAGGCUGGGGUCAUAUCAUGCACCUGCAGACUUGAUAUAUAUGCACAGUGGCAUCAGAGCAUCCCUGCACUCAUGAAGAAAACUCCACGAACAGGAAGUCGCUACGCGGCUCUGACGGGCCAGGGGCUCGACAUCAAGUCAGUGUUCCCCACGUCGGACACCGGCCCCAUCCUGUUCGCCAGCUCCCCCCCUGAGGCCACACUGGAGAGCGAAGAACUGUGAGAGCUCUCACAGGGGAGGGACCCUCAGAGGCCAUCCAACACAUCCUGUGACCUCACUGAGGCCAAAACAGCAGAGGGCUCAAAGGGGGAGUGAUUACCUGAGCAGAUUUUGUGUGUGAUGCAUUUGACGUGAUGCAUUCAGAUUAGGAGGGCAGACGUUUAUUGUGUUAAAGAUACAGCACUGAUAGUGGGUUUGUCAUCAUUCCUAUUUACUCAAGUUAUAUGAAGAGUGUUUCACCUACAGAAAAAAAUAACAGAUAUGCAAAGUCUUAGCUCACGAGCCAUCUGUGAAGUUCAGUUUCAUGUGUGAAGUUUGGAAUGAAUCACAUUUGUUUUCAACAUCAUACUUGGCUAUGAUGGCAAGUUUGCUGAAUGUUGGUGAUAAGAUCUGUUCUUAAUUGUUUGUCCUGUACUCAGAGUGGUCCUGGCACCACAUAUUUCUACAGCAAAUCAUAUAUAUAUAUAUAUAUAUAUAUACCUGUAUUGGUAGUGUUAACUUUAUAUAGAAAGUAGCUAUGUUUUUAUUUAUAGUAUAUUAUUAGACAUUUGAAUGUGCCAUUUAGAUCAGUGUAUUUAAAUGGCUCUAGAAGGGUGGGGAUUCUUUCUACAUUUAACUACAUUAUUUCUUGAGGUUCAUCGCAGUUUGCACCACGUUUUUCAUGUGCAUGCAUGAUGAUUUAUGAUAUCUGCUUAAAUGCAACUUCAGUUCAGGAUGUGUUUACCAGAGGAAUGAGUCCAAUUAGACUGAAAACAGUCAAACACUGUAAAUUCAGACAUUAAC